CCUUCCUUCCUCCUGUCAAACAUGGCGCUGUCCUGCUCCAGGCUGUGCAGCCGGUUGUCUUUGAUCCGACUUAGUGGUCUGAGCUCAAACAGGACAACAAAUGGCUUUUAUCCUCUAGACAUUUCCCAUCAGUCCAGGUUACCUUUGUGCAGAUAUUACACUUCCUCUAAUGUCAGACGAGGUAUUGGACGGUAUGUUUCCUCCAGACUCCAGCGGGCAAAUGCCAAAUAUGAAGGCUUCCUUAAAAGACGCUUUCCUCGAUUUUACCAGCUUCAUCACACCUUUGUGCAAGGAUUCAAGAUGCUGUUCCAAGAUGCCAGAGAUGCAAGGAGGAUAAAAGCCAAAAUGCUGGUCGAUGGAGUGAAAUUCCAGGAUUUGCAUUACAGGGAGAUGGAAAAACUGAGACAGUUUCGCAGAGACCUAAUAAAGGCCAUCCCACUCGUGGUCAUAUCCAUUCCUCCUUUUGCAAACUACCUGGUUUUUAUCCUGAUGUACUUUUUCCCUCGUCAGCUUCUGAUUCCUCAUUUCUGGACCCCCCAACAGCAGCUGGAGUUUCGGAGAUUCUAUCAUUCCUACAGGGCACAGCGCCACCAAGCAGUGCUCAAAGAGCUCGAGUAUACAAGCCACCAGGUGAAAAAUGGUCACCUGCGAGGUCUUUUGAAGAAUCUCUGUGCUAAGGUGCAAAGUGGAGGAAAUCCUAAAGUUUCUGAAAUCCUUGCAGUCAAAAGCCUGUUCUCUGGAGCCCCGCUGGCUGUAGACGCACUGAGGAGUAAUCAUAUGAGAUACAUCAGCUCCCUCCUCUUCCUGACGCCUCGUCUCCCUGGCUUCCUGAUUGGCCGGCGACUGAACAGCCACGCCCUGGAGCUGCUCCAGCUGGAUCGAGCCCUCAGCCGACUGGGCCCGCACCAGCUGACUGACUCAGAACUGAGACAGGCUUGUUAUGUAAGAGGAAUCAAUGCCGACAGUCUUGGAACCAACCAGUCUCGUGAGUGGUUGUCCCAGUGGCUUCAGGUGUCAUCUGCAUUGAAAGAUUCAGAGGUAUCACUUCUUUUGCACUGCAUCGUACUUCUGUCUGCAAACUACCCCAGCGCCCCAAGCCGCAACUGACAGGAAGCCUGCUGCAGUGAUUAUGGCCAUUUUUGUGUUGCAUUGCUCAACUUCCUGAGAGUUUUCAGUAUCUCCUUACUGCAAAAG